AUGCAGGAAUACAUUAAUGUUGCCCAGCUUAAUGUUAACCACUGCGGGGCUGCCCAGAGCCUCUUACAACAGACGGCAGUGGAACGGAAAAUUGACUUGUUCCUACUGAGCGAACCCUACAUCCCAAGUGGAGGGAACGCUGACGUAGAUACAAUAUUUGACGAGACAGGCAAGUCGGCAAUAAAGUGCUGCGCGGGAUUCCAAGUGCAAGAAAGACAAAACCCCCCCCUAAGCGGUUUUGCCUAUGGCAAAGUUAAAGGAGUACACUUCUACAGCUGCUAUGGCCCUCCUAGUGAUAGCCUGCAACAAUUUGAAGGGAUGUUAGAGGCGCUGGUGGAACACGCAAGAGGCCGUGGCCCUGUCGUAAUAGCGGGUGACUUCAAUGCCUGGGCGUUAGAGUGGGGUAGCAGAGCUUCAAAUCGUAGAGGUAGAGCACUAGUGGACGCGAUGUACAUGCUAGACCUGGUUUUGUUGAACGACGGACUCAGGUCGACUUUUGACAAUGACAGAGGCUCAUCAUAUAUCGACGUUACCUUUGUUAGCAGAUCUAUAGCAGCGAAUGUCAAUUGGAAGGUCCUGGACGACGUUACGCUGAGUGACCAUGCGUUAAUUACCUUUAAGAUACAAUUAACGAGUGGGACGAAUAGACUGCUGAGGAGGCAAAUGGGUCGUGCUUGGGACACGAAAAGAAUUGACAAUGCAAUGCUAGAAUACAUUAUUGACGAUCUGGAGAAUCCAGUAGGUCAAGUGGAGAGUAUGGUGGCGAAUCUGAACUUGCUACUGGAAAAAACAUGUGAUGCAACAAUGCCGCGAAGAAAAACCAGCCGCAAGAAUAAGCCCCCGGUGUACUGGUGGUGUGACACACUGGGGAAUAUGAGGGCAGAAUGCCACUCAGCGAGAAGAAGGGCGCAGCGGGCGAGAGGACGCGACAACCAUCCACAGCUGAUCGAACAGUACAAACUAGUCCGAGCUGCACUACAAAAAGAAAUAGCAAAAGCUAAGGCAGGAGCGUUUAAGGAGCUACUCACCAGCCUAGACGAGGACCCAUGGGGAAUGGCGUACAAGAUAGUCUAUAAAAGGAUCAAAGCAACAGGAGGGAAAGGACAAUUAGAGCCAGAAAUUAUGGCCAGAAUUGUCGAGGAGCUAUUUCCGAAGCAGACCACCCUCUGGCAAGCUGCACAGAUAACGACUGGUGAGCAGUUCCCGAGGAUAACACCUGAGGAAGUAGUCUCGGCCGCUAAGAGGAUCAAGCCCUCCAAGGCCCCUGGGCUGGACGGAAUACCAAGAGGGGUGAUUAAAGCAUAG